UCAUUAUCACUCACAUUUUCCUGACUCCCGAACAGUCAGAUCCUUUGUAUUUCUCACUGUCAUGGACCCACUUCUCCCUCCUCCAUGGUCGUGGAAUCCCGAGGACGAUUUUCUCCUCAAGGAAGCCAUUGAGAAUGGAGCUUCACUAGAAUCGUUGGCAAGAGGAGCUGUUUCUUUCUCGAGGAGGUAUUCUCUGGAGGAAUUGACAGAGCGUUGGGGUUCUCUUCUCUUUGAUUCUGAUGUUGCGGAGGAAGCUGCUGCUGCCAUGACCAAGUUUGAGAUCGCUAAGUAUCAUGGCAACACAAUCAAGGAAGCUACCAAGAAAAAAGUUGAUUCCCCCAAGAGGAAAACUCAUAACAUUUGCAAGCAGUUCAACAUCAUGCGGAAGAAGAUUCACAAAGAGGUUAUCGAAGAAGACGAAAAUAUAAAAUGAUAAAAACAAGACAAAUUAUCGUGAAGAUCAACUCUCUAUGUAACAACAUCAUGAUAUUUUUUAUUAGCUAGAAAUAUUGUCACUUUAAAAGGUUUGAUAUGAUUGCAAUUUAGAAAAGAUUACAAACAUCCUAGAAUGAAUUAUGGUUUUGUCACAAUAUAUUUCCAAAUUCCAAAUCUUUCAUUUGUUAUGGAUAGUGA